AUGGCUCGCGCUAUUGGUAUUGACUUAGGAACUACAUAUUCGUGUGUUGGUAUUUUUCAACAUGGUAAAGUUGAAAUUAUUGCUAAUGAUCAAGGCAAUCGAACAACACCAUCCUAUGUAGCAUUCACUGAUAGUGAACGUUUAAUUGGUGAUGCUGCUAAAAAUCAAGUGGCCAUGAAUCCAAAUAACACCAUUUUUGAUGCUAAACGACUUAUUGGUCGUAAAUAUGAUGAUGCAACUGUUCAAGCUGAUAUGAAACAUUGGCCAUUUAAAGUAAUUAAUGACGGUAGUAAACCAAAAAUUCAAGUUGAAUAUAAAAAUGAAGUUAAAUCAUUCACACCUGAAGAAAUUUCAUCAAUGGUUUUGACUAAAAUGAAAGAAAUAGCUGAAGCAUAUCUUGGUAAAAAAGUAUCCGAAGCUGUUAUUACUGUACCAGCUUAUUUCAAUGAUUCACAACGACAAGCAACAAAAGAUGCUGGUGUUAUUGCUGGUCUUAAUGUAUUACGUAUUAUUAAUGAACCAACAGCUGCUGCUAUUGCAUAUGGUUUAGAUAAAAAAGUUUCAGCUGAACGUAAUAUUCUUAUUUUUGAUUUGGGUGGUGGUACAUUUGAUGUCUCAGUACUUAAAAUUGAAGAAGGUAUAUUCGAAGUCAAAUCAACAGCUGGUGAUACACAUUUAGGUGGUGAAGAUUUUGACAAUCGAAUGGUAGCACAUUUUGUUCAAGAAUUUAAACGAAAAAAUAAUAAAGAUUUAUCACAAAAUAAACGUGGCUUACGUCGUUUACGUACAGCUUGUGAACGUGCUAAACGUACAUUAUCAUCAUCAUCACAAGCUUCAAUUGAAAUUGAUUCACUUCAUGAAGGUGUUGAUUUCUAUUCAACAAUAACACGUGCUCGUUUUGAAGAACUUUGUGCUGAUCUUUUUCGUUCAACACUUGAACCAGUUGAAAAAGCUUUACGUGAUGCUAAAAUGGAUAAAGCAAGUAUUCAUGAAAUUGUACUUGUUGGUGGUUCAACACGUAUUCCAAAAGUACAAAAAUUACUUCAAGAUUUUUUUAAUGGAAAAGAAUUAAACAAAUCAAUCAAUCCUGAUGAAGCCGUUGCAUAUGGUGCAGCUGUACAAGCAGCUAUUUUAACUGGUGAUAAAUCAGAAGAAGUUAAAGAUGUACUCUUACUUGAUGUUGCACCACUUUCAUUAGGUAUUGAGACUGCUGGUGGUGUUAUGACAGCUUUAAUUAAACGUAAUACAACCAUUCCAACUAAACAAACACAAACAUUUACCACCUAUUCUGAUAAUCAACCAGGUGUCGAUAUUAAAGUUUUUGAAGGUGAACGUUCAAUGACACGAGACAAUCAUUUACUUGGUAAUUUUGAACUUUCCGGUAUUCCACCAGCUCCACGUGGUGUACCACAAAUUGAAGUUACAUUUGAUAUUGAUGCAAAUGGUAUCUUAAAUGUAUCAGCUGUUGAUAAAUCAACUGGUCGUGAAAAUAAAAUUACAAUUACAAAUGAUAAAGGUCGUUUAUCAAAAGAUGAAAUUGAAAGAAUGGUUUCUGAUGCUGAAAAAUACAAGAAAGAAGAUGAAACACAACGUGAACGUAUAUCAGCAAAAAAUUCACUUGAAUCAUAUUGCUUCAAUAUGAAAACAAGUAUUAAUGAUGAUAAGAUUUCAUCGAAAAUUUCAUCAGAUGAUAAAACUAAAAUAACUGAAACAAUUGAAUCAGCACUUAAAUGGAUGGAAACAAAUCAAUUAGCUGAAAAAGAAGAAUUUGAACAUAAACUUAAAGAAAUUGAAAAAAUUUGUUCACCAAUUAUGGCUAAACUUUAUGGUGGUGAAGGCGGAGCUCAUGCUGGUGGUAUGCCAGGUAGUGGUGGUCAUGGUGGAUCGAAACCAGGUGGAAAAGGACCAACAAUUGAAGAAGUUGAUUAA